UAGCUAAGAGGCGCAGUUGAGUUUGAAAACGGUUAAGCCAGCAUUAGCUCAGUGUGGUUUUGUUAGGAACAAAAUCGAUAAAAAGUCGCCGAACUCCUGGUGAACAUUUAAGUAACUGUGACAUUUAUGGUUUAAAACGGCUAACAGCGUUUGUUCCUGGAACAAAGACAUCCGGGACAUGAGACUGCUUUAAGACGGACAGUAACUUCGGUGGCGGGCUGUGUGCCUCUUUCAGUAGAGAAUCUCUGAUGGUACUCAGCCUGCCUUUUUCAGAAACCUGCACAGAUGUUUUCGCUGGGUCAGGAAAACAUCUCCACCCACCUUAUGUCUACCAAAGGACCUGUCAAAUAUGGGGAGCUCAUCGUUCUGGGGUGUAAUGGGUCUCUACCCUGUGGAGACAAGGGGAGGCGGAAAAGCCGCUUCGCUUUGUGUCGCAGAAAUAAGGCCAACGGUGUGAAACCGAGCACUGUCCACAUGUCAUGCACACCUCAAGCUGCCAAGGCCGUCAGCAACAAGGAGCAGCACAGUAUUUCAUACACGCUGUCUCGCGCACAGACAGUGGUGGUGGAGUACACUCAUGACAGCAACACAGACAUGUUCCAGAUUGGCCGUUCUACAGAGAGUCCCAUUGACUUUGUGGUUACGGAUACUGUGCCUGGAGGUCAGAACCAAGCUGACAGUCAGACACUUCAGAGCACCAUCUCCCGCUUUGCCUGCCGCAUCAUCUGCCAAAGAAACCCACCUUACUCUGCACGAAUUUACGCCGCAGGCUUUGACACGUCUAAAAACAUCUUCCUUGGGGAGAAGGCAGCUAAGUGGAGAAUGCAGGAUGGGCAGAUGGAUGCACUGACGACAAAUGGAGUUCUCGUGAUGCAUCCUCGCCACGGCUUCUGCCAGGACUCCAAACCUGGUCAAUGGAGGGAAAUCUCAGUUUGUGGGAAUGUUUUUACACUGCGGGAGACCAGAUCAGCUCAGCAGAGGGGGAAUAUGGUGGAAUCUGAGUCCAACGAGCUGGUGGAUGGGUCUCUUAUCGACCUGUGUGGUGCCACCCUGCUGUGGCGCACGGCCGAAGGACUGUCCCUCACUCCCACUGUCAAACACCUGGAGGCCCUGCGGCAGGAGCUGAAUGCCGGGCGGCCACAGUGUCCCGUGGGCUUCAACACACUGGCCUUCCCCAGCCUGCGUCGCAAGGACGUCCUGGAUGAGAAGCAACCAUGGGCAUACCUGCGCUGUGGCCAUGUGCAUGGCUACCAUGGCUGGGGAGGGCGCUGUGAUCCUGAGGUCGAAGCAGAGUGUCAGGAGCGGGAGUGCCCCAUGUGCCGUGCGAGGGGCCCUUAUGUGCCACUGUGGCUUGGCUGCGAGCCGGGGUUCUACGUCGAUGCGGAGUCCCCUACCCACGCCUUUGUCCCCUGUGGCCACGUUUGUUCAGAAAAAACAACUGUGUACUGGAGCCAGAUCCCGCUGCCACAUGGCACACAUGCCUUCCAUGCCGCCUGCCCAUUCUGCAUCCAGCCGCUGAGCAGGGAGACCGGCUGUGUCAAACUGAUCUUCCAAAGCCCGCUGGAUUAGGAACGACUCUUGACUCUUUAUCUGAAGCCUUAAUCAACAAAAGAGGGAUGCAACUAUUUACAGUUUGGGAAUUUUCAUAACUUAAUUUAACUUAAUUUAGUGUUUUUUUUUAAAGUGCAUUUAUUGGGUUGAUUCUUACCUUUUAUACGGUUAUAUGGCUCAGGCACCAAAAAGGUGAAGGUUCUUCCCCAGAUACAGCUGUCUGGAAAAGCUGUGAUGAUCUUUAACUUACUUACACUUAAUUUAUUCUUUUACCUUUUUAAUGUAAUUUUGUCUAUGAGUCAGUGCAACAUUUCCCUGCAUCUCUCUGUAGCUGAUUACCGUCUCAUACUGCAUUAAUGAGCUGAUAACAAGAUCGAGUUAAGAGUUGUGUGCAGAUUUUGGUCUGGAAGCUUAUUCAGGGGAAACACUGGAUUU